GUGUGGACAGCCUCCAUGCAUCGGGCCUUUUGGACGAAGAAGGUCGGCAAAAAAUCGCGAGAAGAGAAGGCCUGAGCAAGCGUGAAGACACGACGAACUACCAUUCUCUUGGAACUGUAUGCACCCUUCGAGCAGCACUGGCCGUCCCAGUACCGCUACACUACCGCAUUCAGGACGAGGAGGAGGAGGAGCACCGAAAACAUUGGGAAUCUACCGAGAAAGCAGACGGAAAUGUCUUCACUGCCAAGUCGCUCGGUGAUUCGCCCACCGCCGUGCCGACUCAAUGGGCGCCGAAGGCGACUCCUAGUCGCGCGAAGGUUGGCGAUGUUGCAGGGCCCUGGCGCAGAAGUGCAGAAGAGGCCGCAGAGGAUGAGACGAAGCUCUUGGAGGCCGAGGAUGCAGAGGCUGCCUCGCUGGAGCUGACGCAGGCCGUGCUGCCGGGUGCACUAGCUGGUCUGGACUGUCGCUUCGAGCGCUAUGGUCGCAUCUUUCUGGUUUGCUCUGAGGCCAAUGACGGAGAGGUUACAAGAGCAGUUUUGACUUGCUUUCACGAGCUCAAUGCUGCUCUGCUGGGACUUCGCCCACAGGACGGCGAGUUCUUGUUGCGAGAGUUGUCCGGGGAGGAGCAAGCAGACCCUCAUUUGGAUUUACUGUCCGGCUUCUGCGUGCUCGACGGGCGCUCACGGCUCUUUGUCAUAGAAGGACUUCGUGAGGGCCAUUCGUUCUCAAAGCUCCUUGAGAUGAUUCCCCGUGGACCUGAUGCACCAAAGCUGCUGCAUAACACCGCAAUUGGAUUCGGGGAGAGGCUCUACAUCAGUUUCGGCCCGAGGCUGAAGCAGGUGAAGUUGCGAGGAACCUUGGAGAGAUUGUCUUUCAGGCCAGCGCUGUAUUCCUGGAAUAAAUCUGUGUCUACCGAAGAUGCUGCCGCGAAUGAAGUGCCAAAACAACUCAUGGCUUUGAAAGGCCUGAACCGACUUCGUGGCGCCCGGGAGAACCCACACUUUCCAAAGGCAGCACAAAUCGAGCAUUUGCAGCGACUUUAUGGUGCAUACAUCAGCGACAGAGAGUUGGAGGGCUUCCCUGCGGAAGAAGCCAUCAUCGUCAAGAAAAGGGCAGCCCCGGCGGGCCCCGGAGCUGAUCGGCGAACCUCAGUUGCACCGCACGAAGCAACGAGAGAUGUCCUGGCGGAGGCAGUGACCUCUGGUCAGCUGGGAAGCGGAGGCACGGUCCGUUUCCAGACGCGGUCGGUUCUCAAGGAGAAGUUAGACCAGACGAAUGCACACUACGAGGAGCAUGCGGAAUUGCGCAAGAGCGCUUCAGUGCAAAACUUCCAGAAGACGAACAAGACGCUGGUGCGGGUGCAGUCGCAGCAAAAUGUUCGCCGGAAUGACCUUUUGGGGAAGAAGCGUGAACGGGAAACUCCUUUCCUCGAUGGUCAGGUUUAUUUGUACUCCAGCCAGAAGCUGAACAGCGCAGAGCUGCAGAAGGAAUGGCUCCGAAAGCACAUGGCCGGCCACGAAUCUGAGAAGGUCUGGACGUACAAUCCCACGUACAUGUCCCAGAACUUCGAGUUUGCUGGCGCUGCACCACCUGGGGUGCCAAAGCCUCCGCCACCGCGCCCGAACGACACCUAUGCGCGAUUGGAAGGAGACGACAGAGAGGUUUUUCGCAUUGUUCAAGCCCGGCAGCGGGAAGCUUUUCGAAAGCCGCCUCGUGAUUUGGAUCAAUCCACCGUGGAGUUGCUGCACGAGCCCUUCGAAGAGGGCGAGUGGUUCCGCAUUGAUUUGGGCGAAGAGAGGACGCAGCCUGUCGCUGUGGUGGAGACUUUCGAGCCGGGGAAGGUUCCACACAACCGGCGCUACACCUCCACGCCCUUUGAUCCUCAGCACAUGCUUAUGGGACAAGAGCAUGACUUCGGACCCAAGUCUCUCUACGAGAGUGUCCACUACCACGGCCGCCGACCUGACGAAGAUCGUCAGGAGCAGUACCUGGAGCACAAUAUCAAGGAAAUGGAGGCCGCUGCUUCGAAGAUCCGUUUCCACCACGAAAUGAAGACUUUCACACAAGGAAUCAGCAGAACGGGGGUG